AUGUUACAACAGGGCUUAUUGUCAUUCAAUGAUGUGGCUGUGGAUUUCACCUGGGAAGAGUGGCAGCUGCUAGACAUUGUUCAGAAGAACCUCUACCGGGAUGUGAUGUUGGAAAAUUAUAGCAACCUAAUGUCAUUGGGUUAUCAAGUUACGAAGCCAGAACCAGUGAUGCACUUGGAGAAAGGAAAAGAAAAAGAAAAAGAAGUAGUAGAGAGGGAAUUCCCAAUUCAGUGUGGUCCAGGAGAGAAACCUUUUGAGUGUAGUGAUUGUGGGAAAGGUUUUAUGCAAGAGUCAAACCUGAUUAUCCAUCAAAUAAUCCAUACAGGAGAGAAACCCUAUGGAUGUAAAGAAUGUGGAAAGGCCUUCUGUAGUAAGUCUCAGCUUGUUGUUCACCAGCGAAAUCAUAUGGGAGAAAAAUCCUAUGAAUGCAGGGAAUGUGGAAAAGCCUUCAAUAAAAACUUGCACCUCAUAACACAUCAGAAAAUUCAUAUCAGAGAGAAACCUUAUGAAUGCAGUGAAUGUGGAAAAGCUUUUGUACACACAUCACAGCUCAUUCUACAUCAGAGAAAUCAUACAGCAAGAACACCCUAUGAAUGUGAGGGAUGCGGGAAAGCUUUUAAUAAAAAGUCACACUUCAUAACCCAUCAGAGAAUUCAUACGGGAGAGAAACCUUAUGAAUGCAGUGAAUGUGGGAAGGCUUUUAUAGACAAAUCACAGCUUAUUGUUCAUAGAAGAACUCAUACGGGAGAGAAACCUUAUGAAUGCAAGGAAUGUGGGAAAGCCUUUAAUAAAAAGUCAUCCCUCAUAACACAUCAGAGAAUUCAUACGGGAGAGAAACCUUAUGAAUGCAGUGAAUGUGGAAAAGCUUUUAUAGACAAGUCCCAUCUCAUUGUCCAUCAGAGAACUCAUACAGGAGAGAGACCCUAUGAAUGCAGUGAAUGUGGAAAAGCUUUCGUACGAAAGGCAAUGCUCAUUGUCCAUCAGAGGACACAUACAGGAGAGAAACCCUUUAAACCCCAUGGAUGCAGUGAAUGUGGGAAGGCUUUCCGCCAAAAAAGCCAUCUUAUUAUCCAUCAACGAUGCCAUACUGGAGAGAAACCCUAUGGAUGCAUUCCAUGCGCCUGCCAGUGCCAUCCUAUCGGGGCGACAGGUGGUACCUGCAACCAGACCAGUGGGCAGUGCUCCUGCAAGUUAGGGGUCACUGGCCUGACAUGCAGCCGCUGUGGUCCCGGCUACCAGCAGAGCCGCUCCCCAAGGAUGCCCUGCCAGCGUGAGUCCUGA